AUGGCUGAUUCUGCACCUUCCCCUACGCCGUCCUCUUCGGGUUGCGGCGCACUACUCUACGUCAUCCCAGUGCAAGACGCUGCGUGCGCGCUACCCGCGACGGGCAACAACACCGACAUCUUGGGCGCGUGCUGUGGUUCUGCCGACGUAGUCUCCUACUAUGACGGAUGCGGACUCUACUGCCUCGCCGCGGGCCAGACCGUUGGCGACCUUACCAAGUGUCUAGGCAAUAAGGGGGCCUCUCCUGGGAAUAUCUUCUGCAACCAGAAUACCACAGCUACGGCCACCGAUACGGGGGCGCCUCUGCCUACCUCGGCCAGCGCUAGCAUCGUCGUCACGCAUAGCGGCGGCUCGGAGCCGACCCAGAGCGGCGACAGCGACAGCAGCCCGAGCUCGACAGAAUCUCCCGGUGCCGCCGCUGGCCUCCGGCCCGAAUACACUACUGUGAGCACCCUAGGUUUUACAAUCGUAGCUCUGCUCUUCUCCGCAACGGCGUUCGGUGCCUUGCAGCUAUAG